UCGACGAUGUCGCGUGAAUGGGUGGGCGUGAGUGGGGCAUUCCACGGCGGUGGUAGCAACAGAGCGGAGCCAUGGUGACCGAAAUGUUAUUUUUUUGUAGUUCUAUGAGCGGUUUAAUUACGAGUUGAAUCUCGGACAACGGAAAAGUCAUCGAAGGACUCAGUUUCGUCUUCACCCGUCCUGUGCGUCAAAGAUCACUCAUGAGACCAGAUGGACUCAAAUUCAACAGACAAGGGUCUGGAAGACCCCCAAGGCUCUCCUGGACUUCCUCAGUCAAAUCCUUCCACUACCACCACUAAGAUCUCAGCGCAUGAAUUCUCCUGCCACUGUUGCUACGACAUCUUAGUGAACCCAACUACCUUGACCUGUGGCCACAACUUCUGCCGCCACUGUCUGGCUAUUUGGUGGGAGUCCUCUCACAAGAAUGAGUGCCCAGAGUGCCGAGAGAAGUGGGAAGGUUUUCCUAAAGUCAACUUUCUACUAAGAGAUGCAACAAACAAGCUGUUCAGUAAUGUGGUUCAGCGGAGGACAGCAGAAAUCCAGGCCGACCCCAAAAUAUCCCAGUGCUUACUGGCCUUCCAGAGGUAUGGUGACAAUAAGAGCAGGGCAAGAAUUGACAAAAACAAAGGAGCAGGCUUCUUCUUUUCUGGAGUCCUUUUUGCUCUCACUUGGGUAGCUGUGGUAGUGCUGGUGUAUCACUGGGGUAGCGGCAUGAUUGAGCAGCAUGACCCUUUGAUCACUAAACCUGUGGCCCGCUGGACGACAGAAGAGGUCAGCUCAUGGCUGGAAAACUUGGGACCCUGGGCUCAGAACUACAGAGAAGCCUUUCAGCAGGAGAGCGUCAAUGGGAGGCUGCUGUUGAUGCUGGAGGAAGAAGAGUUGUUGAAACCUCCUUACAGCAUCGAGAACCAGGCUCACAGACGUGCUGUUCUGGCUGAACUGGACAGAGUUAAAACUCUGGGAGUUAAACCUCCACAGAACCUCUGGGAAUACAAGGCCGCUAAUGCAGGGAAGUCUCUGUUCCUUCUGUAUGCAAUGAAGCACUCCCCUCGACUCACUCUUUUCUACUUGUACUUAUUUGACUACUCUGAAACCUUCCUUCCCUUCCUGCACACUUGCUGUCCGGCUGGUGAGCAGCCAAUGGAAAGCAGCUUCCUCAACUCACAGUUGGAGCCUAAUUGGCAACAGAAGGCGGAGUUCCUCGUAAAGUAUUUCCUGCUUCCAUACCAGCUGAUAGCAGAGUUUGCAUGGGACUGGCUGGCUGUCCACUACUGGACAUCUCGCUAUAUAAUUGUGUACGCCGUGCUGCUUUCCAUGGUGGACAGCUACACCCUGUGGAGACUGUUGACCACAGCCAGCAUCAGGACUCUGCCGCGCAGGAUGUGGAGCCACUUGUGGAAGAUGAUAUCUCAAGGGUUUGCCUUUGUCUUCCUGUGGCCUAUCAUCCCCCAGUUUGUGUGCGACUGCCUCUUCUACUGGGCCCUCUACUUCACCCCCAUCAUCAACAUAGACCUGUUGGUUCAGCAGCUAUUGCACCCAGAAACACAGGAACUGUGACAAACUACACCUAAUCUGUGCCCAAUUAAUGCUGCACUGUAUGCAGCAACUAAAGCAGCUAAAAAACCCUGUUGUUGAAGAGGAUGAGUGUUUAUUUUUGGCAGUAAACUCACAUGACUCUGGCUUUUGCUGCUUGGAAGGAAGGAUUUCUCGCAUCCUUUAUGUCUCUGCUGAAAGUUGCCAUGUGGAACAAGAAAGGCACUGAGCUAUUUGUGGGAGACACAAAACCAAAAAGAUGAAAUAUGGUGAGAUAUCUGUUAUUGAUUAGGAGGGAUAAUUGCAGUGAUACCUCUCUGCGUGCAUAGUGCAUUAACAUACCACGUUGCCUCAAUGGUCCCAAGGGCAGUUAUGCAAAUCAGUUAUAUUUAAAGCUAGUGGUAAUGAAGAGUGGCCUCGUAUGGAGUUUCCUGAUUGCUUUGUCGCACCGAGACAUCUCUGAGCUCUUUUAUACAGAUACAAACUGAAGGGGGAACCAAUAACUUCAUUUUGUCAGAUUUUUUUGAUAGCUCUUCAUUAUUGCAUGAAAUCCACAGCCAAUAAAAUAAAAAACCCUUGGCAAUUUUCAAGUUUAACUCAGUAUUUAAGUUGAUAUAACUUUUAAUGUGCUCUUCCAGUCCACAGUUCAAGCUGGCUUUGACUGCGAUCUUGGUGCCUCGUGAAAUGGAUCAAAUGCUAAGGUUUUUAGUUAUGCUGCCUGAUGGGAAAGUCAGACUUCACAGUUGGUUAAAGACCAAAACAAAUUCAACACUUAGAGAGCAAAUGAUCAAUAUGUUCCAUUAAUGCCAGUUCAGUUCACUGUACAUGCAGCACUUUGAUUUUAGAGAAAACAUGUACUUUGAAAACAUUUUCAGACACUGAACCAUUUUUAUUAUUAAUUUAAUUCUGUUAAUGAACAGGUUGUAUUUUUGGUAUUGCUGAAUAUUUUGUUGCACAUGUUUUUACUGCUCAUAGUGAACGUUUGGAACAGUUUUCAUGUAACCAACCAGUCUUUAAUUGGCCGAGCCAAUCAAAGACUUUAUUUUUUUAUAUUUGCACUUAAUAGUUAUACACUGUGAUUACUUUCUUCAAUGUUCUCCAAUGACAGAAAAAAAUAAAGA